GCCAUCCACAAGUCACGCCAACUCAUACGUAACUCAUUCCGUCUUUGGCUGUCGAAACCAGAUGCAAAUUAACGAUGGCAAGUCUGCAUAGCAAGCAUUUAAAUUUCCUGUUCGUGACCACUGCGGCUUCCAGUGUUUUCUUGUCCGAGGUUAUGCUUCAGAUCCUUUGUUAAUGUUUUCUUUUUUUAUUUAACCCAAGCACAGAAAUCAAUCAAGCACGAAGUAUUCCAAAUAACGUCACGGCGUAUGGACACACGGCUGAGACGGUCAAUCGAAAAUCGGAAACGUUUUGGGACUCCCAGCAACUCCAACGAAGACGAAAAUGCAGCCGUUAUCGGAGAAAACGACAAGCUGGAUGAACGUGUUGUGUUUUUAUAUGUUUGGGACGCUUAGUUUCUUCAACCAGGAGUUGUUAUUUAUCGCAUCGCAGGACAUUCUUAGCGGCCGAAAACUUCCAACAGCUACUAUACUUGUGUGUUUUGUAACCCCAUUGAUGAUUACCAAAAUACUUGCUCCCUGGUUUGUACAGAGAAUACCUUAUGUGGUAAAGACUUGUGUUAUCGCGCUCGACAUGGCCCUUGGGCUAACGUUGAUCGUUUUUGUUGAAAACAUGGAAGUGAAGUUAUUGGGAAUUUGUCUGAAUGCAAUGGCUACUGGAAGUGCCGAAGUUGUUUUCCUUGGACUUAGUUCGUUUUAUCAGCCGGUUUGUAUCAGUUCGUACGUAGCAGGAACAGGCAUGGCUUCGCUCUUCUCGCCUCUAUAUUACAAUGGUAAGAAAAUUUUAUUCGCUUACAUUCUCAAUAUACUCAUGCAAAUACUGGGAAACCGACGCGCUUGAAAACAAAUCAAGUGUGAAAGGAGAGUGCAGUGUCACUUAGGGUGGGCAUGGGGGCAGGAGAUUCAUGAUAUUUUAAGAGCGCAAAUAGUCAUUAUUCCUGAAGAAAAGAAAUUUUUUACUCCCUUAGAUAUUUGACUUUUCGGUGACAGUAAAAAGGGAAAUCAGUUGGCGGAAUGGUCUGAAUAAUGCAGAAUGUAAUUUAUGCAAAACGUCUCAAAGCGGAAAACAUUUUUUCGGCGCCGGGUGAGGGGGUUGGGGGGAUGGGGGAUGGAGAGAGGGUGGCACUUCCUAGAUCCUAUGAUAGCCCACACGGGAAGGCUCCGUCUGAAAGGGGUACCUUUUUGAAGCUUCAGUUUUAUCAAAAGGUCGGUAAUUCUCGAGUUGAAAAAUACGAUUGCGUGGGAAAAUCAGUCAUUUAAGUAUUCAAAAGGUCCUUUAAUCAAAGUGUUUCGAAAAGGCGGACUUAUGGCUUUGUCAUUUUGAUUUAUUAAGCGACACUGUAAGACUUCCUAUUUGAACUAUUCAUUCUUGGUAAGUUGGUAAGUUAGAGAGGUACCAUUUUUCAAUGGAAGGUAUACGAAAGGGCCGGUCCCUUUUCUGCCAAAAAUCGUAUAUAAAAGGGCAAGGGAUUGGACUUUGGGGGGGAGCCCCCCGUAUUGAAUUCGCUGAGUAGUCCCCCCGGGUUUCGACAGCACAUUAUAUAAGCCUGCGUGCAGACGUUUCUUAUCAUAGUUUCCUUUGCUGUAAAUAGAAGACGUCAGCAGGCACGCUUUUAAGGAACGACCAGGCUUUUUAAAAGUUUAUUCGAGCACAAGGAUUCAAACAGACGCAGUUUACCUAAAGUUUAAUAUAAUCAUAGAAAAUGACCGAAGUACGGGCUCAAACGAGAAUGUUAGGUAACUAAAGACUAUUUUUGAAAAACUGGGGCCUCGAGUCAAGCAAGCGGGUAUUGAAAGGAGUUAUUGAACGUGUAUGAGGACGACUCAAAACUUAAGUUCAAUACAGACGACGCCAAAAUUAUGGUAUUCUAAAUAAUCUUGCCUGCGGCUACGGAUAACUUGAUGAGAUUGUUAUGUCGCCGGGUACUCAAAAUCAUAAUAGGCUCCUGUGUGAGAAUGAAUAAUUACGUACUUGAUAAGGUAACCUUUGACAAAAGAGGAAUGAUCUAGAUGAAAGAGAGCUGUUCCUCUGUAGAUUGGCUUUUUCCAUGGGAAUCGUCGUUUGUAUUUGAAUUUUAUAACAGAAUGUAUAGUGGAACCUCGAUAUAACGAAGGGCCAAGGGACUGGCAAAAUAUGUUCGCAAUAACGAGGUUUCAUUUUAUGGAGGUUCUUUUCCAUAUAUUUUACUAUUUUGGGGAUAAUUAAUUCGAGGUUUCACGUUUUAAAAAAAAUGACUUUGAAAUGGCUCGAGAAGCGAACGGCAGGCUGUCUACUAAACAAAAAAAACACAAGGUAGUCAUUUUUAUUUCGAAUCUUUUCAAAACGAGGAAUUUACUACGUAUUUUAUUUACUCCUGUCUAUUCUCUUAUAGAAAUUCAAAUUCGAACGACUCUCAUCUUGGCCAAACUGUAAUCACUGGUCUCUCCCCGUAGUCUCUUCUUCCGUUUGUUUUACAGAUUGUAUCUUUUUUUCUUUUUCUGUAGCUCUCACAACAUGGAGCUGUGUCUCACCUAAGACCGCUAUAAUGAUCACAAUUCCUUUCCCUGCAUUAUGGUUGGUAUUUUACGCUAUUUUAGACAAGAGCUACAUUUCGAAUGGGCCACAAAGCGCUCAAAAGCGCACGGAAAUAAAGUACACGUCCCUGAAAAACUCACCUGACGAGUCAGCGAACCGGCCAACUACGAUAGGCGGAAUAUUCUCAUGCACAGAACAGUUGCGCAUCGCAUUCAAAAUUCUUCCUUUUAUCCUCUCACUAUUUCUAAGCUUCUUCGCGGAGUAUUUGUCAAAUUCGUCCGUUAUCACCAGCGUCGCAUUCCCUGACUCAAGGCUGCAUCCAAGAGACCACUUUCUCAUAUACUUUCUAUCAUACAUGCUGGGCAAGUUCGUGGGUAGAAGUCAUCUUUUUAUAUUUUCUUUUCUGUCUCCCGAGGCAACGGAGUUCCUGAUGUGUGACAAAACCUGGAUAUUUGCAGGUUGGUAUUAAUUAUAAAAUAUUACAGGGUUGGGACGGAUUGCAACACUGACCUCUACAGCUCCAUGAUAUUAGGAUUCAUUAACUAGAACAAUAAAUCACACGGAAUUUGGAACAAUUCAAAAAAUGAAGAAGUUGUUUAAGUGACGGGUCCAUUAGGGCUUUACGUUGCAAUAGUCCCCAAGGUUUUCUCCUUUUCCCGCCGCCAUAUUGGAUAACGAGAAGAGCCUGGCGACCAGAUUGGUCGCAAUAGUUGAAUUGCCGGCACUUUGUUCCAUCCUUAUAUCAGUAGAAUGCCCAAAAAGGGCCGAGUGAAUAGGCCAUGUCCGAGUUCCCCCGGGCUUCUGUUUCAAAAUGAGGGUAGGUGCUCAGCCCUCGGAUAUGGAUCAUGGAAAUCAUUUUUCAUUGUCAUGCAAAUAAUUAACUCAUUUUCACAGUAAAGGUUGCGCACCUAGCCUCAUUUUGAAAUCAAUAGAGCAGUGCUAAAAUUUGUUGAAUGAAGGACAUCUACUGCAAAGAUGUUGUUUAGUCUCCACAUGCGUUUAUUAUUAACCCACGAACGCGUUUCUGUUUUCCGGCUAAUCUUGGUGCAGCCUGCGAAUACAGCCGUUUCUCCUUGCUCCUCGUCGCUAAGGACGUUUCGUCCCUGGCGGCGAGGAGCUAGGAGAAACGGCUGUAUUCGCAGGCUGAUCUUGGUGGCGAAGCUUGCGUGGCAGGCGCGAAAAAUGAAGGGGCUGGGAGGUAACUAGUGAAAAAAGUACUAUUAGUGAGAUGGAGUCAAACUUUAUUUGCUACUUUUGGAUCUCUUUUACUGUUUUUACAUUAGAAGAGAGGGGACGGGGGCGGUGUCCAUAUCCCCCUUCUAACAACUGAAACUUUUUUUCCUCAAUAAGGCCUAGUCUCUUCACAUGUGCCGAAUUAAGUAAUAAUGAGUAAAAUCUGUAGUUCUCGCUUAUUUGCAUUAGAUUCGGAACAUGUGAAAUGCGACGUUUUACCCGGGCCUUCGACCUCGAAUUUAGGCUAAAUUCGGUUCAUAUAUCGUAAAUAUUUAAACCUUAGGAUGUUCAAGAAUUUUGCGCACAUUUUAAUAUUUUCAAGAAUUAACUUCCCGGUUAUUGCUGUUUCAGCUUUGGAAAUGGGACACCUGUUGUUUUUUCUGUUUGAGUCUUGGUACCACUUUCUUCCGUCUAUUUGGAUAAUGGUUGUCCUGUGCUCUACCUUGGGCCUCGUCGCCGGAAUUAUAGUAGUACAGUCGCCCCAUGCCGUCUCGCGAAAUGUUUCGCCCGAGGAGAAAGAGUUUGCCCUGGGACUGCUAACUAUUGGUAAUGGUGUAGGAGGAUUUUUGGCUGGUUUGGUUGGUUUGGCUGUGGAACCAUACCUCACAAACGAAUGCAAAGUGCAUUUCUCCGCUACUAAAGAAUUCUGCUUUACGAGGCUUCGGAAUGCUACAGGAUGGGAGAAAAACUUUCAUUGUUAAUUUUUUAUCUUAACGUCUGGUUUCCCGAGUAUCGUCCUGAUCUGCCUUCAUAUAACGCGCACUGCGCGGGGUCUCGAGGGGAAUGCUAGGGAGUGUUCCUGGGGCAGGAAUGCGUGACGAACCCCAAAGAACGUCUGCGUGAGAGGCUACAUGACGAUUGGCCAGUUCCAGUAUCCAAGAGAGUAUCGCAGUCGUGCAAUAAAACGUGAUCGCGCGCGUCUUGUUUUCGCUUAGCUGUUUUAUUUUCGCUGCGUCCCUACUCUCCGAGAGCCUGGUACAGGCUUACUGACGAUGAACCACUAUCUACCCCUGCGAUGCCCCCCCCGGGGGGGGGGAUACUCAACAAAUGUUUCUACAGGGAGGCUCCUUCCCGAGGUUCCAUCCCCUUACCCUUUUAUAUACCAUUUUUCAACUAAUGAAAUCCGUACCCUUUCAUAUACCUGAGGCCUGAAAAAGGUACCCCUUUCGGGCUGAGCCUCCCCGUAUAGGGAAUCAUAGGGAGUACUCCCCCCGGGCUGUGAUUAACUUAUUGAAUAGAUGAACAUCAGUCUCUAUUGCUUGUUACUGAGUAGUUUUGUAAUAAUUGGACCAAAUGCUGUUAAGGAAUAAAAGCAUUACGGUCUCUGACUAGCAUUUUUAAUAAAAAUAUGGAGAAAAAUGAAGGCAGCUUGUGUUGAAGGUUCCUACCGAGUAUUUGUCUUAUAAUCAUUCAUUUUUCCCCGAACUCACACAUAAAAUCACAUAAACCAUUAUC